AGUGACUAGCGCCGGAGAAAUGCCAGUUUGCAAUAAUUUCUGCAAAAGACGCACACAGCACACUACUAAAUACAAUGCUCAUAAGACUACUGAUCGUCCUGCUUUCUUUAAACUUAGCUAUAUUAGUAAAUUCAGACGAGACUGUACCAAGAGUUAAAACUCUCUCAGGAGCACUGAAAGGGUAUUACAAAAUAUCACAAUAUGGUAGAAAAUACGAGGCAUACGAAGGGAUUCCUUAUGCAUCGCCACCUGUUGGAGAAUUAAGAUUCAAGCCUCCUCGACCAAUACCGGCAUGGAUCGGCGAGUUACCGGCUAUGAAAUUCGGUUCACCGUGCAUUCAAUACGCUCAAUCUCCUUCCGAUCUUGCGGAUAAUGUCGAGGGUGCCGAAGAUUGCUUGUAUUUAAAUAUUUAUGUACCAAUACGAAAUAAGACGGAAAAGAUUUCUAUGCCGGUAUUGUUUUGGAUCCAUGGCGGCGCUUUUCAACUUGGUAGCGGUACGAUUUAUGGAGCCACAUAUUUGAUGGAUAGCGACGUCAUACUCGUCACAAUUAACUAUCGAUUGGGACCGAUGGGUUUUCUUAGCACGGAAGAUGAAAUAGUUCCUGGCAACAUGGGUCUAAAAGAUCAAAAUAUGGCACUUCGCUGGGUAUUCCAGAAUAUCGAGUCGUUCGGUGGCGAUCCAAACGGAAUAACUUUAUUUGGUCAGAGUGCUGGUGGUGCAAGUGUGCAAUAUCACUACUUAUCGCCAAUGAGCGUAGGACUUUUCCGAGGAGGAAUGUCGUUCAGCGGAACAGCAUUCGAUUGUUGGGCGCAAACUGAGAGUUCUUUAGAGAAAACUAAAAAACUGAGCUCUUUAAUGGGAUGCCCUACAACUACCUCUAGAGAUAUGAUAGAUUGCUUAAGAUAUCGACCGGCUCGAGAUAUCGUACAGGCUACAAGCGAAUUUAUGUAUUUCUUCUACAAUCCCUUCACUCCUUUCGGACCAGUAGUUGAAAAAGCCAACAAUGAUACACCUUUCAUCGAUAAGACACCAAUUGAAAUCGUGAAUAACGGUGAAGUGCAAGAUUUACCUUGGGUUACAAGCGUAGUGAGUGAAGAAGGCCUUUAUCCCGUAGCUGAAUUCAUCGCUAACAAUGAAGCUCUGAAACAAUUAAAUGGCAACUGGGAUUUUCUCGGUCCGCAUUUUCUAGACUUUUAUUACACCAUCCCAAAAGAGAAGCAAGUCGAGAUUGCUCGUAUUAUCAAGAAGCAUUAUUUCGAUACGAAAUCAAUAGACCAGACAACUACAAAACAACUGGUACAAAUGGCGGGUGAUCGUUUCAAUGUGGUCGAUAGUGAGAAGGCUGCGCAAAUGCAAGCCAAAGUAAAUCGGAAUCCAGUCUGGUAUUAUUAUUUCUCGUACAGAGGAAAUCACAGUUUAAGUGAUUUUAUAAGCGGUACAACUAAUAAUUACGGUGUCUCUCAUGGCGAUGAUAUAUUCUACAUAUUAGAGUCUCCCAUUGUGAAUACAACAACAACGCAACGAGAUCGCGAUAUGCAGAAAGUCUUAAUCGAUUAUUGUGUAUCUUUUGCUACAAAUGGAAUUCCAAACGUGGCUGGUGUAAAAUGGUCGAAAUUAGAUCCUUCAAAAAAGGAAAUUCAGUAUCUGCAUAUUGCUAGCCCUACUGAGAUUAACAUGGGUAGCAAUGCCAAUUUCGGGGAUGAAACAUUCUGGAAUUCACUUAAGUUUAACGAGAAUGUGUUGUUCACGUAAAGAAAUUGGGAAGAAAUGCUUUAAAUGAUUUUACAAGAAAAUUCGAUUCUUUUAUCUAUAUUUUACGCAACUAAUUUUUGUUAUAAAUUAAUAUAAUGCUUAACUUUGUAUAUUAUAUUUACUUAUAUUUACGAAUCUUUUCUGUAUAAAGUACGAUGCCCAAAGAAAUUGAUUUUGGAAAUGUAAAAUUAUUUUAACUGACACUUGCACUUAUUUGAAUUUGUUAUUACACUGUGUUUUAAGAAUGGCAUUCCAUGAUAAUAUACAAAUCACGAAAGAUGUAACUUUAGGACCACAUCAUGUAUAACUAUGUCACAGUUAUUAAGCCUAUCUAUUUUUUGUGAUCCUUUUUUUAAUCUGGUAUUUAUUGGAUUCGAUACUCUAAAAUUCAACUUAAAAUAUUU